AUGGCCCCAGGAAACCACUCCACAGUGACUGAGUUCAUCCUGGCAGGGCUAACAGAGAAGCCAGAGCUCCAGCUGCCCCUCUUCCUCCUCUUCCUGGGGAUCUACGUGCUCACGGUGCUGGGGAACCUGGGCAUGAUGGUGCUGAUCGCGCUCAGUUCUCACCUGCACAAGCCCAUGUACUAUCUCCUCAGCAGUCUCUCCUUCAUUGAUGUGGGCCAGUCCACCGUCAUCACCCCCAAAAUGCUGGCGAGCUUUGUGACAGAGAACACCAUCUCCUACCCAGAGUGCAUGGCUCAGCUCUUCUUCUUUCUUGUUUUUGCUAUCUCAGAGUGCUACAUGCUGGCUGCCAUGGCUUAUGACCGCUACGUGGCCAUCUGCAGCCCGUUACUUUAUAAUACCAUCAUGUCCAAUCAGGCCUGUGUCAUCCUUGUGCUAGGGGUCUAUACCAUUGGUGUAGUUUGUGCAUCUGCUCAUACAGGCUUCCUGCUGAGGGUUCACUUCUGCAAAUUUAAUGUUAUCAAUCAUUAUUUCUGCGAUCUUAUUUCUGUCCUGAAGCUCUCCUGUUCUCCCAUCUAUGUCAAUCAAAUACUGAUUCUAAUAUUUAGUGGAAUUAAUAUUCUUACCCCCAGCCUCACCAUCCUGGGCUCCUACAUCUUCAUCAUCGCCAGCAUCCUCCGCAUUCGCUCCACCCGGGGCAGAUCCAAGGCCUUCAGCACCUGCAGCUCCCACCUCUCCGCAGUUGCUCUCUUCUAUGGUUCUGCCUCUUUCAUGUAUCUGAAUCCAUCCUCUGCCAACUCCACAGACCAAGGGAAAGUGUCUUCCGUGUUCUACACCAUCAUGGUGCCCAUGCUGAACCCCCUCAUCUACAGCCUGCGGAACAAGGAUGUCAGCAUCGCCCUGAAGAUGUUCGGGAAAAGAACAGUCCUGUGA